AUGACCGCACCUGGCUCUUCUCCCGAUGCUCCUAAGAGACCUAAGGGUAUUCUGAAAAACAACAGCUCGUACAUGGGCGAGCACUCCUCUCGCGGUCCUCCCUCGCCAACCAACACACAUGCUGCCAUCCACGCCGACACUCCCAGUAACCCUGACCGUCCUGCUCUCAACCGCGAAAUGUCUGAGAAAGAGGUCGUUCAAAUGAAUACUGAGAUCAACGCUGGUGGCCGUCGCAACUCUUCGAAUCCUCGCAGCAGCGUUUCGCGUCGCCAAUCCGCUGCUGAUGGAAGCCAUCAAGGAGAACACCCCUCACCCAGGCUGAAGUGGGAUGAGGGCAAUCUCUUCCUCAAUGAGAGCCAGAUGGGUGGCAAGAUGAAGAUUGACGAGCCGAAGACACCCUACGUUGGCCGCUACGACCCUGACGAGGAUGAAGAAACCUCUGCUCUCAACCCUGAUGACUUGAUGGUUGACGAACUGGACAAGGCACAGGUUCUUGAAAGUGAUGGAUCCAGCAAGAAAAAGCCCCGUGAGGUUGAUAUCCCCGAUCUCGAUCUUGGAGAGCCUGAGCAGGAUACGAUCGAGCGCAGACACAGUGAUUCGGAGAAGAGAGUCAUGGUGGAUCCUGAUCAGAUGGACAUCGAUGGCGCGAGACAUGGAGAGACUCCCGAAAACAUCCCCCAGGAGGAGAGGGAGAAGCACGAGAAGUUUGAAAACAUGAGGAAGAAGCACUACGAGAUGCACAACAUUAAGAAUCUGCUUGGACACGAUACCGAGGAACUCGACGACGAGUAA